GAGGACGGACGUCUCCCGGAAGCAGUCACUUCGCCGCCUCUCUCCGCCAUGAAGGUCCUCCUGCUCGUCUUCGCCCUCGUCGCCGCCGUCAGCGCCCAGACGGAGCCCUGGUGCCGCUGCGCCGCCUUCGUCACCUACGAGUUCAAUGAGAUGAUGGUAUACGAAGCACCGCAGAUCAUCAUCGACUCCUGCCAAGACGACGCCGGACAGUGCAGGGACGCAUGCGCCACCGAGCUGAACACCCUUAGCAACAACGGCGACCUGUGGCUGAUGCAGGAGAACGGCGUCACCGUCGGCCAGUCCAUAUGCUCGUCCCUCGCCGAUCAUCACCUCAACUGGAUCGCCAACCAUAGGGUGUACGGCUACUUCGAGGUAUGCGGCGGCCCCUGGGAGUACGCGGAAUUCGCGUCGCAGCAGCUGUUGUGUUGCGACGCAGGCGUUCACGAUCACUGCAUCGUCAGGAAGUAAAGGGGAUUCACAUAUAAAUAAAAGAUUUGAAUAUA